UACAGCGCGCGCCGCAGACUGCAGACAGAGCGACUAUCUGAGUGUUAAGCUGUUCGGAGAGCAGAGGGAGCUCACAUCUUUGAACACUCCACAAGCUUUUUGGGUUUUAUUUUCUAUUUUUAUUUAUUUUUGUUUGUUUGAAGUCAUUACCCAACCACGGCGUCUCCUCCAACAAGGCGGUGUGUGUGUGCGCGUGUGAUGACCGGUUAAGGAGGAGGAGGAGGAGGAGGAGAACGAGGCAUCGGUCUGAGACCAGAUUUUUGUCGUGGAUAUUUCCACAGAGACGUCGCGUCGGUCAGUUAACGGGGCUGCGUGCCUCCGGGUUCCCCGCUCCAUCUUUUUUUCUACCUCCACCUCAGACUGAGCUGACCCAGAAGGCCCUCCAUCCGCGGAGCAUCGAUGGUAUUUUUUUAUUUCUGUCUCCUGAUAUGGAGUGUGAAGAUGUGGAUUACGAUCACCGAGGAAUCCCCGCUAGUUUAGCCGCCGCCAUGCUUCCAUUCUGCCCGUCAAUGCAGGGAUAGGGUGAGCUAUGAGCACGCUGCGUCUGCUCAGCGGGAUAAAAGCUGCUUUCUGGAGCUCCACUGGACUCCCGUUAGGAAGCGUGAGAGCAGCCUGGCUAGUCUGCGGCUAUUAGCUCCUUUAGCCGGCUAACGGCUACAAGGUGGGAUAUUGGGGGCAGAAAUAGGGUUUUUUUUUGUCCGCAGUGGUUGAGUUUUCCCCGCGGUUCCACAUUCGCAGCUCAUUUUUCCGCAGGUUUUAGGCGUUCAGCGAUGGAAGGGAGCUGCCUGACCUUGUUCGGGGGUCUGAUGCUGGCGCUGUCCUGCUGCCUUCGGCCCGCCGCCGCUGACAUUUGCACUCCCAGUAUCGACAUUGGGAAUGACAUCAGUGAAUUCAAACAGCUGGAGAACUGCACGGUGGUGGAGGGCUACUUGCAUAUCCUCCUCAUCGGGGAAAAAAACAACAACAACGUGAACCAGGAAGUCUUCCGCACCCUCAGCUUCCCUAAGCUGACCAUGAUAACAGACUACCUGCUUCUAUUCAGGGUUUCAGGCCUGGACAGCCUGAGCACGCUCUUCCCCAACCUGUCCGUCAUCCGGGGCCGUAACCUCUUCUACAACUACGCCCUGGUGAUCUUUGAGAUGACCAGCCUGAAGGAUAUAGGCCUGUACAGCCUAAGGAACAUCACCCGGGGGGCCAUCCGCAUCGAGAAGAACCCAGAGCUCUGCUACCUGGACUCUAUAGACUGGUCCCUCAUCAUGGACGCCGAGUUCAACAACUACAUCGCCGGAAACAAGCAGUCCAAGGAGUGCAGCGACGUUUGCCCAGGCAUCAUGGAAAAUAGUCCCAUGUGCAAAAAGACCAUGUUUAACAACAACUACAACUACCGCUGCUGGAAUUCCAACCAUUGCCAAAAAG